GGAGCCUGCAGGUCAUUCACCUACCCAAUAAAGAGCAGCAGAUGCACACAAUUACUCUCGUUAUGACGCAGUUUUUGUUUGUGUGUGCGUGUACAUGUACAUGUCUGUAUAUUUCCCUCAACAAAUCAAAUGCAGGCGGCAGUGGACACAGCCAGCUUCCUUCCUUUGGCAACACUCACAAUUCAACAACUGACCCCUGCAUCACAUACACCUGCACUGAAUACACUCCUGCGCUGAAGAAGAGAAUGCAUCCAAAGUGACAGAGGUCAAUUAUGGCUAUGCUGAACCCUAUGGACUGGAUCAGCGAGAGCAGGGGCUCUCCUCGCCUGGUGCUUGUAGUUGUGUGUGUGGCCCUGCUAUUGGAUAACAUGCUGCUAACAGUUGUUGUUCCCAUCAUCCCAACCUUCCUGUAUGCCACAGAGCACCAGACACAAGAGCGCCAGUCUGCCACCCCCUCUGAGGCUCAGCCCACCUAUACCUCCAUCCUCUCUCUGUACAACAACACCACCUACACCAUCACAGUCACCACUGCCAAUCUCACCAUCUCCUCCAGUGCACUAAGCACUAAUGGAAGUUCAGGGGUCAACAGAAGUUCUGCCGACCGACAUGGGUGUAAAGAGGACAGUGAGUUUUUGGAAGAGGAGAAUGUGAGGGUUGGGCUGCUGUUUGCUUCCAAAGCCCUGGUGCAACUCAUGGUCAACCCGUUUGUAGGCCCACUGACUAACAGGAUUGGAUAUCACAUACCAAUGUUUGCUGGGUUUGCCAUCAUGUUUGUUUCCACAAUAAUGUUUGCCUUCUCAGGGACAUACGCACUGCUGUUUUUCGCCCGUUCAUUGCAGGGAAUUGGAUCAUCUUUUUCCUCUGUGGCAGGUCUGGGAAUGUUAGCAAGUGUUUACACUGAUGACAAUGAGAGAGGAAUUGCAAUGGGAAUUGCACUGGGUGGACUUGCCAUGGGAGUGCUCAUUGGAGCCCCAUUUGGCAGCGUAAUGUAUGAGUUUGUUGGUAAAAGUUCUCCCUUCCUCGUCCUUGCCUUCCUGGCUGUGUUUGAUGGAGCUCUCCAGCUCUGCAUCCUUCAGCCCUCAAAAAUAUCCCCAGGGAGUGUGGAAGGAACACCAUUACUUACCCUGCUGAAGGAUCCCUACAUACUCAUUAGUGCAGGUUCUUUGUGCUUUGCAAACAUGGGGGUGGCUAUUUUAGAGCCCACUCUUCCCAUCUGGAUGAUGCAAACAAUGUGCUCGCCGAAAUGGCAGCUUGGUAUGGCUUUCCUACCAGCCAGUGUUUUUUACCUCAUUGGAACCAAUCUGUUUGGUAUGCUGGCCAAUAAAAUGGGAAGGUGGUUGUGCUCCAUGAUUGGCAUGCUUAUAGUUGGCAUCAGUCUGCUCUGUGUUCCCUUUGCCAAAAACAUCUAUGGUCUUAUUGGUCCCAAUGGAGGGUUGGGAUUUGCUAUUGGAAUGGUUGAUUCUUCUAUGAUGGCAAUAAUGGGUUACUUAGUGGAUAUCCGACAUGUCUCUGUGUAUGGAAGCGUGUAUGCUAUUGCUGAUGUGGCACUCUGCAUGGGAUUUGCUGUUGGUCCAUCUACCGGAGGGGCAAUAGUAAGAGCUAUCGGCUUCCCUAAUCUCAUGGUGAUCAUUGGCAUUGUCAACAUCCUGUAUGCGCCCCUUUGCUUCUUCCUCAAAAAUCCUGCUGUUCGGGAAGAAAAGAUGGCUAUUAUAAAUCAGGAGUGUCCAAUGCAUGUGAAGAGCUACAACACACAGCGCGGGUACAGAGAAUUCCCGCUGAAUGAUGACAGUGAGGAGGACACUGAAGAGUGAUGUACACAUACUCAUAAAGUAACUUGUCAAUGAAUCAUUAACAAGUUAAUUUAAAGGUUUAAAAUUAACAAUAUUACUUUCCCCAUCCUUCACUAUAUGAUUACGUUUUUGUGUACAACUAGUGCAACAUAAAUAUUGUUUUCUUACCUGCACGCUUGUGUAAUUGUUGUUUAUCAUGUCUUUUGUGAGUUGGAUUGAAUGAAAUAAAUGGGCCUACUUUGUCAACUUGAUUUGAUUGUUUUCAC